CAUUCGAGACCCUUGCAUGAAUGACGCAGGAGACUUGAAACACAUAUAAUACACACAUAUAUAUAUGGCUUGGGUUAAUUUGGUAUCUUAUGAACGAUAUUCAAACAUCUUCCCCCAGGUAUUAGACCUGCCAGCCAAGUCCAAGGGCUGUAACAUCCCUAAAACCCGUCAACUUCUCGAGCUCUCUCGCAUCAAGUAGUCCUCCCUACGAAACAAAUAGAUAGACAGUGAUACCAUGUCAUCACCACCGCCACCUGGGCCCCUCGUGCGCCUCUCCGGCAUCACGCUCUCCCGGCUCCCCUCCCCGGCCGCAACCCCCGAGACCCUCUCCCCCCUCGUGCACGCCAUCCUGCGCGAGGCGCUCCCCUUCCUCUACAGCGCGACCUCCAAGUCCGGCUCGGGGGCCCCGGACUCGAGGCGCUGGAGGCACAAGGGCGACAGGCGCUCGCCCGACUCGGCCGCCAAGGUAGAGGCCUGGGAGCGCGUCGUCGUAACGACGACGACGACGACGCCCGAGGGCGGCAGCCGUGCCGGCCGCUCGAGGGAGACCUGGGCGCUCCGCAGGAGCGUGCACGAGGACAGGGCCGAGCCCGGCACCGCCAGCUGGGCCGAGUUCGAGCGCUGCUUCCGCGACGAGCACGCCGAGGCCGAGGAGGCCUUCACGCCCAACGCGGUGGCGGCGCACGAGGCGCUCGUCUGGGAGGGCUGUGCCGGCGUGCCCCCGGCCCGCGAGGAGGGGGAGGGGGAGGGGCGGGCGUGGGGUCGGUUCCGGCUCAAGGUCCAGGAGAUGCGGCACAAGAUCGGCGCGCCGCUCAGGGACCGCACGUUCCCCGUGCUGCAGCUGACGGCGGCGGUGGUCGAGGGGGGCGGAGGCGCCGCGCCGGAGUUCGUCGUCGUCAGCAUACCGGUGCCGGACUUCGGGGAGAGCGAGAGCAGUAGGCUGGCCAGCGAGAAGGGGGCGCAGGUCGCGAGCUACGUCAGCGUGGAGCGCAUCCGGAAGCUCGAGAGCGGCAAGAUCGAGUGGCUCAUGGCGACGGCGAGCGAUGCGGGCGGCGUUCUCCCGCAGUUUGUGCAGAACAUGGCAAUGCCCGGCAUCGUCUGGAAGGACGUCCCGCUGUUCCUGGGCUGGAUAGCCAAGGAGAGGCAGAAACGGGACAUCGCGAGAGACGGCGUGGCCGGUCGGGGGCAGAGGGAACGGGAUGUCGCAGUGCCGGCGUCAACGGCAGCGCAGGAUACACCGUUGGUCGCGACUGGUCCUGAUGCGACGACAGCCCAUGAGGUGUCGAUUGGUGAUGCCGCAAGUACCGAGACGAAGCGUGAAACAGAAGUUAGUACGGGCCCGGAGGUCACGAAUCUGCCUGGUUUGUCUCAAGCCGACACUACAACCGAGGGGCCUCGCCCCGGGGUAACGACAAACGUGUAG